AUGAUUGAAGUUUCGAUCCCUUCACUGGUGCAAGAGGAAGAUGAGGCGGGGAAGACCAAAAAGUUGUUCCGGGUAGAAGUUCUGUUCAACGAGAGAAAACAUUUUGUUCUGAGGAAACACAGCGAGUUCCAGACUCUGCACCGAAAACUCAGAAAGUUGAUCCAGACUCCAGAUUUCCCAAGCAAAAGAAACCAACAUUUAAGAACCAAACCUCUGGAACAGAGACGACAGGAGCUGGAGAUUUACAUCCAGGACAUCAUUUUCCAGGAUGAAGACGUUCCUCAAGUUUUAUUAAACUUUCUGCAUUUGAAGCACUUCCACACAGGCACCAAGGCCUACAGCAUGGAAUCUUUGGACGACCCCGACAGUCAUGAGGACGACAGUUACCAGUUUUCAAAUUAUCGAGCUCUGCAUUUCUUCAGAGAUCCUUAUGUCUGCUGCUACAGUUCAGAUCUCCCUGAUGUCGUUGCAGACGGAGUUUUACAAGGAUUUUACAGUCGAGAGACUAAAGUUAGUUUCAGAGACCCAACUCCCACACUGCUUUAA